AUGCAUGGCCGUCGUCUCCUCCUCCCCGCUGCGCUCCUACACCUGCACCUGCUGCUGGUGCCACUGUCGCCAGUGCAGGCGCGUGUGACGGCCCUGAUCGUGUUCGGUGACUCCACGGUCGACGCCGGCAACAACAACGACAUCCCGACGGCGGUGCGGAGCAACUUCCCGCCGUACGGGCGGGACUUCCCGUUCCCUCCGGGGCGCGCCACGGGGCGGUUCAGCAACGGCCGCGUGGCCACCGACUUCUACUCGGAGGCCCUCGGGCUCGGCCGCGCCUUUGUGCCGGCCUACCUUGAUCCGGACUACGGCAUCGGGGACAUGGCGAUCGGUGUUUGCUUCGCCUCCGCCGGCUCUGGGCUUGAUGUUGCCACCUCACGUGUCUUUAGAGUGAUCCCCCUGUGGAAGAAACUGGACAUGUUCCGGGAGUACAAGUCCCGGCUGGCUGACCACUUGGGCGCCGCCGAGGCACACGCCGUGGUGGCCGGCGCCGUGUACGCCGUGAGCAUCGGCACCAACGACUUCAUCGAGAACUACUUCGCGCUGACAACGACGCGGUUCCUCGAGUUCACGCUGGCCGAGUACACGGACUACCUCGUGGGCCUCGCCCGGGGCUUCCUGGCGGAGCUCUACGGCCUGGGCGCCCGCAAGCUGGGCGGCGAGCUGCCGGGCGCCGAGAUCCGGGUGGCGGAGGUCUACGGCUUCUUCGAGGACAUGGUGCGCGACCCGGGGAGGCACGGCUUCGCGCGCGCCGACGUGGGGUGCUGCGGGACGGGCACCUACGAGAUGGGGUACGCGUGCGGCGCGUGGGCGGCGGCGGCGCCGGCGGGGACAGGGACGUGCCCGGACGCCGACAGCUACGUGUUCUGGGACGCCGUGCACCCCACGGAGCGCGCCAGCCGCCUCGUCGCCGACCACCUCAUCAACACCACCUUCGGCCGCUUCGUCUGA